AGCUCUUAUACCCUUCGACAAAAGUGUCAUGUAAAUGUAUAUGUCAACAUGUUAAUAAAUUUGAACACCUGUUCUUGGCAUUUAACACAAAACCAUAUUUUAUAAAGCCAACCCACUGCCGCUGGUCCGGAGCAGGCGUCGCCAGCGCAGUGUCGCUAAGUUUUCGACAAUCAACGGCGUUAGUAAUUACUCAGUUAGUGUCAGAAAAGGGUGAUUAGCAUCGCGGACACACUUUGCGACAAGUGGAACGAACAAUCAAAUUAAUGGAAUUGCGAAAUGAAUUCAUUCUUCGAUUGCGUCGAACCAAUCGUAAAGUCACGCUUGCCACGGCACAUACAAUUGUCAGUACGAAACUAACGCGCGGCUUUGCAAAUCUUUGCGUCGCCAAUAAAAUAAGAAAACAACUGCAUUUCGAGUGCUAAAAGCCACUGUUGCAUACCAACAAACAUAUGUAGAUAUGAAGCAGCGCAAGACCACCAGCACAAGCCUUCAGCAGCCGGUGCGAUUGGAUACCUUCACCUUGCUGGUGCUGCGCCUGGGCCAGCUGUUCGGCCAGUGCGCUGUGCCAUUGCGACGACGGUCUGACCUCGCCACGGUCAACCAACGCCCACAGCCCGUCAGCGUGUGGCAGCAGCGAUUCCUGUUGCUGUGGCAUUGUUUGCAUUUGAUAGUAUUUUUCUUGGUGCACUUGUGGACAAGCGUCAAUCACGAUUCGAUACUCUACAACAGUGAUAGUUUCGGAAAAUUUAAUGAUUUGCUCAAAUUGAUUGGCACAAUUAUAUCGCAUUUCACAAUAAUCACCGAAACGAUAUUAUGUCGCCGCCAAAUGCAACAGUUCCUUUUGGUCUACACACAACUCCAUUACAAAUGGCACGGUUCUGCUGGCGGCCGUGCCGAAUUCGGUCUUUACCGUUAUUUCUUUUGUCGUAGUAGCCUUUUCAUUGUUACUGUGAUUAUAGUUGACGUGGCGUACACACAAGAGAUAGGUAGACAUCGUAUGUGGAUAACAUUUUUCAUACCCUUCAUACCGAGUGGACUGAUUUGUAAUCUUCGUACCGUGCAAAUCACGUUCUUUAUGGAAAUGUUGCGCACCGAGGUGGAGCACUUGAAUAGAAAUGUUGAACGUUUGGUCUUAUUUAGCGAACUCAACUGCUGCGUUAAGUUUCAAAUGCGCGACCAAUUUGUAAGAAAAAUAUGCGCUGAGCUGCAGGCCUUCAUGGAAUGCUAUCAGGAUAUAUACGAUAUGUCUACACUCUUGAAACAAGCUGUGGGUAGGUCCAUGACAUGUAACUAUAUUAAGGAUUAUGUUAUGAUCUUAUCCGAAUGCUACUGGUCCUAUUGGAUGAUUUACAAUGGAGAGAAUAUUACUGAGUACCUUCUAAUUAUUCCGUCUGCCGUGUCCAUCUCUUUGUUGUUGAUAACGUCACGAAAUUGUAUGCGUUCGACAAAUUUCCUGGCACACAAUAUACAUAAAAUACGACAUCAUAUUGAAGAUUUCAAUAUUUCAACACGGCUACAAAGCUUCGCUUUGCAAAUGCUACACCAGCGGAUCAUCAUCGACGGCUUUGGCUUCUUCGUGCUGAAUUGCGAUAUGGCAAGAGAUAUCCUUGGCUCAAUAGCCACUUACAUGAUCUUCUUUAUACAAUUUAUGCCCAAGUUCAAAAGCUUUUAAGCCGCUGAAUAAUGAUUACAUAUGCAUGUGUAUACAUGAGCGUGUAUAACCUGCAUUCACUUCGAUUUUUAUAACUAAAAACUAAUAAGUUUAAGAAGAAUGAAUAUUUUAAUUGUUCUGCACAGAAAACGAAUCGUAAAAUUUCUUUUGCAGGCAU